AUGAAGCCGCAACUAACACUGGUGCUCAUCUGUGUGCUUUUCCCAAAAGCACUGACACUGGUGUGUUAUCAGUGUUUUCCAGACCUGUCUGGAACAUGCACAGACACCCAGAACUGCCCAGAUCAGUGUGGCAGCCAGACAAUUGUCAUCAGCACUGGUGGUGUAGAUAAGGAGGUAAGUGGAAAGACUUGCUCAACUGCAGCACUUUGUGUCAGUGGCAGCCUAAACCUGGGAUUUUUGUCAUUGUCUUUGAACUCGCAAUGCUGCAGCACUGACCUCUGCAACAGCCAGAAAGCACCAGCUUUGUCGCAAGGGUCUUCAAACGGGAAUAAAUGUUACACGUGUACUGGCGACGACUGCACAGGAACUGUGAGCUGUCUGGGAGAUGAAGCUCAAUGCAUCAGCGCCACAGCUACAGUUGCUGGUGCUCAGAGGAUGGUGAAAGGAUGUGUGAGCAGGAGUCUCUGCACCGCAGAUAUAACAAACCUGCAGACAGUUGGAAUCAAUGGAAGCGUGAGCUGCUGUGAUGGGAACCUGUGUAACACUGCUGAGGGGGAUAAUGGUACUGAGGGCAUUAAUGGUGUUGAGGGGGUUAAGCUGAGCCUCCUCAUCAUGCUGGUUCCUCUGAUCUCCUCCAUCCUCUUCAUCUGAACUCUCUGCUGCUGAGGCAUUUUCACAUUUUUCAUUUCCAUAUUUUGACACUAGCAGAAGUGAAUAUAUCAUGUCAUAUAUGAUGAUAAA